AUGAAGCUGGGAGUGUCAGGAGGUAGAGCUCUGGGGAAGCAGGAAGCGAAUCCUGUGAGCAACAGCCAGACAGAGCGCCUUUCACCUGAGCAGAUCAAGGAGUACAAGGGAGUCUUUGAGAUGUUCGACGAAGAGGGCAACGGGGAGGUGAAGACUGGCGAGCUGGAGCGGCUCAUGAGCCUGCUGGGCAUCAACCCCACCAAGAGUGAGCUGGCUUCGAUGGCCAAGGACGUGGACAGAGACAACAAAGGGUUCUUCAACUGCGACGGCUUUCUGGCACUGAUGGGGAUUUACCAUGAGAAGGCCCAGAACCAGGAGGGCGAGCUUAGGGCGGCUUUCCGUGUCUUUGACAAGGAGGGCAAAGGCUACAUUGACUGGAACACGCUUAAGUACGUGCUCAUGAAUGCUGGUGAGCCCCUCAAUGAGGUGGAGGCCGAGCAGAUGAUGAAGGAGGCCGACAAGGAUGGGGAUGGGACCAUCGACUAUGAGGAGUUCGUGGCCAUGAUGACCGGAGAGUCCUUCAAGCUGGUCCAGUAGGAGCACCUGCUAUUGCCAUGGGAGGCCUGCCGGCAGAGGGCCGCUGCCCGCUGCUGCUUGCCCUGCUGCCCUCCCCAACACCUUCUGCCUCCUGCUCUGUGACAAAUAAAUGCUCU